AUGGCACAUGAAUUGGAAUUUGGGAGCAGAUUACAGAAGAGGAAAGAUGGGUUGAAACCUAUAUCGAUAGCAUAUGAAAGUAUGAAGGAGUACAAAGAUGAAAGACUAAGGGAAUUGAAACAAGUUGUGUUGAAUAAUCCUCAAUUUUUGGUGGAAAAGAACGAAGGUGAUGACACCGAAGAUGAAAUUGACGAGGGCGAAGGUAGCAGGGGCAUUAAAGUGGCCCCCGGGAACCCUAAAAUGGCUUUAUAUGAUCCUGAAGCUGCCAAAGAUCGAGAAGAAAGGUGGGCAAACCAGUACAUUGCUUCUAUUGGUUGGUUGCGUGAGAAUAUUCGUUUUGAAGAUUCUUCUGGGAACACAAUAGGUUUUGUCCAUGGUGAUUUACGGAUUGAUAAUCUUGUUUUCCAUCCUAUUGAUAAUCUUGGUUUCCAUCCAGUUGAGAUGAUUCAAUGGAUGAUAUUGGUGAGAUUCCAAUUCUAUUGGAAUAGAAUCACGAAUUCCAAUUCUUUUGGAAUGGAAUCACGAAUUUCAAUUCGGUUGGAAUCAUUUAAGUUGAUGCUUGAACAACGGACCACAAAAAUUGAAAGUGAUUCGGAGCAACAUUAG